AUGGGUAAUUGCUUGCAGAGAACGCAUGCAAUUCAUGUCACCUCUGGCUCUUUCAAGCCCUCUGCUGGACCUCCACCGCCAUCUUCCUUCACCAAGCGAGAUGCGACGCAACCGAAGCCCACCACCUCUUCCACCUCCCUCUCCAAAACGCCAUCAUCGGCUCAAAUGGGGUCCAUCCUCCAGAAACCCAUGGUUGAUGUCAAAUCCUUGUUCACGCUUGAAAGAGAGCUUGGCAGGGGCCAGUUUGGGAUCACCUAUCAAUGCAUUGAGAAGGCUACAAAGCAUAAGUAUGCUUGCAAGUCGGUGUCGAAGAGCAAGCUUGUGAGAAGGACCGACAUCGAGGACCUCCGGAGGGAGGUGCUGAUCCUCCAACACCUCUCUGGGCAGCCCAACAUUGUAGAGUUCAAGGGUGCAUAUGAGGAUGAGCAUAGUGUGCACCUUGUUAUGGAGCUGUGCUCUGGAGGGGAGCUUUUCGAUCGGAUCAUCAAGGAGAAGAGUUACUCAGAGAAAAAGGCUGCUGCAAUAUGUAGGGACAUUGUGAUGGUGGUGCAUGUGUGUCACUUCAUGGGGGUGAUGCACCGGGACCUCAAGCCAGAGAACUUCUUGCUCACCAGAGACGAUGAUAACUCUGAUCUCAAGGCCACUGACUUUGGGCUCUCUGUGUUCAUUGAAGAAGGUAAAGUUUAUAAGGACCUUGUAGGAAGUGCAUAUUAUGUGGCCCCAGAGGUUUUGCAGCGAAACUAUGGGAAGGAGAUUGAUGUGUGGAGUGCUGGAGUCAUCUUGUAUAUUCUUCUAUGUGGCUCACCGCCAUUCUGGGAAGACACCGAAAAAGGUAUAUUUGAUGCUAUAUUACGGGGUGAAGUUGACCUCCAAAGUCCACCAUGGCCUUCAAUAUCUGCAAGUGCGAAGAACCUCGUAUCGAAGAUGUUGACAAAAGAUCCUACUAAACGUAUUACUGCCGCCCAGGCCCUCGAACAUCCAUGGCUCAGAAAAGAUGGUCAAGCAUCUGAUAAACCUCUCGAUAGUGCGGUUCUAAUCCGAAUGAGGCAGUUCGCAGCAAUGAACAAACUAAAGAAAGUUGCUCUAAAGGUCAUUGCAGAGAACCUCUCAGACGAGGAGAUCAAGGGUCUGAAGCAAAUGUUCAGAAACAUGGAUACUGAUAAUAGUGGUACAAUUACAUAUGAUGAAUUGAAGGCUGGUCUGACUAGGCUAGGAUCAAGGAUUAGUGAAGCUGAAAUCAGACAAAUUAUGGAUGCAGCUGAUGUAGACAAGAAUGGGACUAUUGAUUACAAUGAAUUCAUUAUUGCUACAAUGCAUCGACAUGGACUGGAAAAGGAAGAGAACUUGCUUAAGGCUUUUCAAUACUUCGAUACAGAUGGAAGUGGGUAUAUAACAAGUGAUGAACUGAAAAAAGCCUUGUCACAAAAUGAAGCGAUUGAUGAUGCAGCCAUCACCGAAAUAAUUGAGGACGUUGAUACUGAUAAAGAUGGAAGGAUCAACUAUGAAGAAUUUGUAGAAAUGAUGAGGAAAGGAAACCAUAUGUGAUCUUAAAGGAAGCAGAAUACAUACCAGUUGACAAGAUUUCUCAACAAGGUUGUGCAUAAACAGCAUUCGUUGCGUACUGAAUAACUAUGUAAACCAAAUGCCCCCUGCUCAGUUUUAUGGCAUCUUCAGUUAUAAAUAAAUAAGUCAGUACAUGUUUGCAAAAUCUGAGAAUAUAUGUCAAACUUGGUCUUCAAUUACCCAGAGCAUCCCUGUCACUUUGAUAUCAUUAUUAAUGUUGGUAGAUUAUCCAAGAAUGUCUGAACUAAUAGAAACGAUUUCAAUCUAGUAUCUAUAAAUUUCUAAAAGC